UAUUUUAAUCGACUAUAAGUUUCUAAUAAAUAUAAAGUUUUCUAUUUUAAUUUUAAAUUCACAAAAAUUAAAAAAUUAUCACUUUGAUAUUUGGGUGAUGAUAUUAAAUAUAUAAAUUAUAUAAAAUUAUAAUUAUUAAAGAUAUUACCAAUUAGCAAGUAAAAAUAAAAGACAACGUAAGAGCAUUUUGCAAAUAAAACAUUUUAGCUAUAGCCUUUUAGUAAAUAAUUUGUACAGGGAAACUGCUCUCUUCUUCAAACCCUAUUAUGGAACCUUGUAUUAUUGUACACGGGGGAGCUUUUAAUAUUCCAGAAUCCUAUGUAACACGAUACAAAGAAGGUACUAAAGCUGCAGCGAAGUUUGGUUAUGACAUUUUACAUAAGGGAGGCACUGCUGUAGAUGCAGUUGAAGCAGCUGUCAAUCAAUUGGAAAAUAAUUCUGCUUUUAAUGCUGGGCAUGGAUCUGUUCUCACUGCAGCUGGUACAGUAGAAAUGGAUGCAAUAAUUGUUGAUGGCAAAUUGCUAAAAACAGGUGCUGUUGGAUGUGUUGAGAAUAUUGCAAAUCCUGUUUCGUUGGCUCGCCAAGUAAUGGAAAAAACAAGUCACUGUUUGUUGGUUGGAGCAGGUGCAAUGAAGUUUGCUAAAGAUCUCAAUUUUGAACUUCUAAGUACCCAAGAACUUAUUACAAAAGACUCUGUCUGCAAAAGUUUCUGUAUGGGUGAAGGAACAUUUGACAAACAUAUUGAGCUGUAUAUGAAUAAAAUAAUAAAAGCAAACGAUAUCAAUGACCUUGAAGCAUGCUUCAAAGAAAUGAUGAAAAAAGAAAAAUUAUCAGAAUCCGGGCAUGAUACUGUGGGAGCUGUUGCAAUUGACAUUAAAGGAAAUAUUGCAUGUGCUACAUCUACAGGAGGUAUGCCAGGUAAAAUGUUGGGUAGAGUUGGGGAUAGUCCAAUAUUUGGAAGUGGAGCUUAUGCAAACACAGAAGGAGGAUGUUCUUCUACUGGUCAUGGAGAAUCUUUAAUGAAAACAAUUGUUUGUAGAGAAGCUGUUCGUUACUUAGAAGACGGGUUUACUGCCAUGGAAGCAUCAGAAAAAGCAAUAUCUCUUGUUUUGCAGCAAACUGGUGGUCGUGGGGGUAUUAUUUUGAUUGACAAAAAAGGAAAUGUGGGAUAUGCCUUCAACACAGGAUGUAUGGCUUGGGCAAGUUUCUCUUCAAAAUGUUUUGCUCACGGUUUGAGAACUGGGGAACAUUUUGUAGAACCUAUGUGAUACUUUUUUUGCAAUAUUAAUUCAAUAUAA